CCCUGGAGCUGGGCCCCCUGCCCAAACUGGCCUAGGGAUGAGCAUGUCCAGGCCAAGCGGGCCAGGGUGGAGACCAUCGUGCGGGCCAUGUGCCUCCCUGCCAACCCGCUGGGACCGGCUAACUCCCGGGCAGGGGGAGGCCGAUCCCGCCUGCAGCAGGCCCAGGGGCGCAGGAGAAAGCAGCAGCUCCCUGUGCAGCAAGGCCUGCCGCUGACUGGGCCCAGAAGCACUAGGCAGAGGCGGCCCCGGGUUCGAGAGCAGCUGCACCUGCUGAGGCAGCAGCUGACACACCUUCAGGAGCAUGUGCUUCGGGCAGCCGGGUGUGGGGACUCGGCCCUGGGCUCUGGGGGCCCUCUGAGCAGGUCGCAGAUGGAUGUCCCUGAGUCCUGGGCAGGGGACAGUGAGCCCCACCAGAGCUGCAGCAGGGAUCUUCCUGGGGCGGAGAGACACGGGGGGCCCAGCCUGCUCCCCGGGGAGGCCUGGUCUCUGCUGCAGGUCCUGAGGGGGGAGCUGGCCAGGGCACUGGACUCGGCACUGCACAGGGUGCUCCUGGACCCCUCAGGGCCCUUGACCCAGCUGGACAGGACCCUCGGGGAGCUGCAGCCAGAAGGCAGGAGCAGGCCCCCUCCACCCGAGGGAGACACCUCCCAAGACCCCCUCCCUCUGGCCCUGCCUCAGGUGGGUGGCCCAAGGGGACACUCACUACUGGCCAGACCUCAAGAUGCCCCACAGUAUCCUGUCUCGCCCAUGGUGCUCCUCAAGCCCCUGGAGAGUCCCCCAGCCAGCUGCCCCACAGUGGCGCCUCCCCACACCCGGGGACAGCAGGAGGGCCUGAGUCCUGGCCACUUGAAGAAGGCCAAGCUGAUGUUCUUCUUCACGCGCUACCCCAGCUCCAGCCUCCUGAAGGCGUACUUCCCCGACGUUCAGUUCAACCGAUGCGUCACCUCCCAGAUGAUCAAGUGGUUCAGCAACUUCCGAGAGUUUUAUUACAUCCAAAUGGAAAGAUCAGCUCGACAAGCCGUUUCCGAUGGUGUCACGGAUCCCAAAGCACUGGUGGUUCUUCGUGACUCCGAACUGUUUCGAGCACUCAACACGCACUAUAACAAGGGAGAUGACUUGGAGGUCCCAGACUGCUUCCUGGAAAUCGCCAGCGUGACUCUCCAGGAGUUCUUCAGGGCUGUCUCCGCAGGGAAAGACUCAGAUCCUUCCUGGAAGAAACCCAUUUAUAAAAUUAUUUCGAAACUGGACCGUGACAUCCCAGAGAUAUUUAAAUCUUCCAGCUAUCCCCAGGAGCCGUUUCAGAAUUAAGCUCCCACAAAGUGAGGAGUAACUGGUCAGGGUUUCCAGUGCUCCUCUUAAGUGGCAGUCAGUGAAGUCUAGUCAUGGGAGAAGGGCAUAAGGAGAAAUUCCGGAACAGGCAUUGUUGCCGUUUGAUCAUUUGUUUUGCUUUGGUGGUGAUUUUUGUGGUAGAGCCUCUUGCUUUGCCUGUGUGAUGCUGAUUUUGAUCCCUGGCAUCACAUUCAAAAAUAUCUGGGACCAGAGAGAUAGCUCACUGUGUAGCUUGCCCGGUGUGCCAACCAAUCGCAAGCCCUGGCGCCCAUGGGAAGACCUCUGGCAACUGAAGAAGUUUGUUCUUACUCUGUCUCUACUGAAUGUAGAAGGGGAAAAAAAAAAAAAGACAGUGUGGCGUUCUGGUUUUUCCCUCUCAAUAAAAAAUAAGUUUCUUCCCCUUCAUCAUGCACCAGGCCCUCCCAUCCCCUUAGCUGGAGGUGAGAGUAUUCUGCAGACAUGUCAUGGCGAGAUGAAAAAUCAUACCAUGUGUUAGUGACUGUGCUAUAAAUCAAUAACCCCCAAUAAAAUGAAAAAAAAAAAAAGUAUCAACCAAGGGUGUUGGUAACCAACUGUACAAAGAAACAGAAGACUUGAGUUUCUACUGGCCUGAAGCUUGGGACCUCGAGGUGCCACUGUAUCUGU